AUGAUAGAACCCGAAACUCCAAAGGUCGAGGCUUUGCAGGCCAACGUUGCUGUGCCGAACAUGGAGAUUCCGAAGCGCGAUGCCACAAAUGAUUCUGGCGCCGCGGGCGUGGACGAGCCUCCAUCCAAGAAGGCACGAUUGGAUGAACCCUCUCAACCGGCAAAGGUAGAUAUGCGCGAUAGAGGAAUGGCACCGAUCAAAGCAGAGUACCGCAUCGAAAUCACACCAAAGCCCCGCCCUGCAGAUGAGACUAGUCCCGAUGAUGCCGCCGAGGCCGCUCCCCGCGAUGAGCGUGAUGGUGGUAAGAAGGACAAAGGAAAGAAGAAAAAGAAGGGCCAAAACACCAAUCGCAGUUAUGGUACAUCCAAAGAUGCGAAGGGCCUCUGCAGCACGAGAAUGUUUGCCAACGAGUUCUCCGCCGAAGAGUGCCAAUUUGGCGAGAAAUGUCGAUUUGAGCACGAUUUGCGUGUUUAUCUGAAAGAUCAUAAGCGCGAGGAUCUUACAACGCUGAAGAUGUGCCCCGCCUACGAAACCCUAGGCAAAUGUUAUUCCGGCUGGAAAUGUCGCAUGGUUGGCUCACACUCAACCGAGAGAGAAACCGAAGACGGCAAGAAAGAAUUGAUUUUGCUGGAGGACACAGAACGUAUGAAGAAGGUUCAGCAUCGUGUGGCCAACGCAACGCCCGACGGAAUUGUCAACAUCAUCUCGAACGAAGAUAAAAUCGCGCUUAUGAGAAGGCGGGAGGAUACCCCUCGGGCCGAUUCCUACACCAAAUGGGCCACAGAAGUGUCUGCAGAAUUGGAGAAGGCGAUCCACCAGCGAUCCACCAUCCGUGACAAGGGUGAGCUUGUUGAACCGGACGAACAAGCGAAGAUCGACGUACAGGAGAACCGUGCUCAGUUCCUUGAGCCUCCCUUCAUGCCAUCAGAGAAGCGUCGCAUUUAUUUCGGACCGGAGACACCCGUGUUGGCUCCUCUCACGACCCAAGGCAACAUGCCAUUCCGAAGACUCUGUGGGGAUCUGGGCGCGCAAUUCACAUACUCAGAGAUGGCUAUGAGUAUGCCUUUGAUCCAAGGCUCAAGGUCCGAAUGGGCCCUAGUGAAGGCGCACGACUCGGAAAUGGCACCACCAACCGUUAUCCCGGGCGAUAAUAUUGUUCAGGGCUACGAUAAUUCCAAAGACUCCAGGUUCGGCGCCCAAAUUGCUGCUAAUAAGCCUUGGCAAGCUCUUAAGGCCACUGAGGUGUUGUCAAAGUUUACACCCAACUUGCGCGUCAUUGACUUGAACUGCGGCUGCCCUAUUGAACUUGUAUUCCGUGAUGGAGCUGGCUCAGCUCUCCUUGACCAUCAUUCCAAAUUGGAGAAGAUGAUUCGCGGCAUGAAUACUGUCUCGCAGGAGAUUCCAAUUACCGUCAAGAUUCGCAUGGGAACCAAGGACAACCAGCCUACCGCCCAAAAGCUGGUCGAGCGUAUGGUCCUCGGUGGAUACGAGUCUAGUGUUUUAGACCUCGGGCCCCCAGGUGCUGCAGCCAUUACUCUCCAUGGACGUAGUAGACAACAGCGCUACACCCGACAGGCAGACUGGGGAUACAUUUCAGACUGUGCGGCUCUCAUCAAGCGUCUUAACAAGAAACAGGAUGCGCUUACCGACACUAUCCGUGAGCCGGAUGCGCGCCACAUGCCCAAUGGUGGCAAGACUUAUUUCAUCGGAAACGGCGACUGCUACUCGCAUACUGACUACGACGACCACGUCAAAAAUGCUGGUGUGGACUCUGUGAUGGUGGCUCGUGGAGCUUUGAUCAAGCCCUGGAUCUUUGAGGAAAUCCAGACCGGCCAAUAUUUGGACAAGUCUGCGACUGAGCGUCUGAGCUAUAUUGAGAAGUUCGUCAAGUACGGUCUCAUGGCCUGGGGCUCCGACGAGCAUGGCGUUGGAACGACUCGUCGCUUCUUGCUCGAAUGGCUGAGCUUUACCUAUCGCUAUGUUCCAAUCGGACUGCUGGAAUACCUUCCUCCGAACAUCCAAGACAGACCCCCUGCUUGGCGCGGCCGGAAUGAGUUGGAGACGCUAAUGGGCAGUGGCAACUACAAAGACUGGAUCAAGAUCACCGAAAUGUUCCUGGGUCCUGCUCCCGACACCUUCAAGUUCGAGCCCAAGCACAAGUCGAACUCCUACGAGGCUGAGGGUUGA